AAAACAACUAAAAUAACCCAAUAAUUGAAAAUAAACUAUGAGUCCUUCACAAAAACUGUAUGAUUGAGUCUUCUGCUAAGAGGUACCAUCUCGUUUCGUAUGACUACGGUCAAGGUGUGCUAAAAUGCAACGCAAAGCCUUGGGCUUUGUCAAAUUAUUCCAACUUUUAUUCUGAAGCCAUUUUUAAAUAGUUCCUUGUAACUUUCCUUCCUUUACCUUGCUUCUACUGUAAAAAGGUCAGCUUUCCACAAAUUCAUUUGCUUAUUAACGUGCUAUUUUCCUUCGUUAUCUAAGAUAUCGACGACUACGUUUACCUUUUUAUAUUAGAUUACGAUAGCUGCUUAUAGUUCGCAAAGUGGUUUCCGCAUUUUGCUCCAAUACCCUAUUCACGCACAGAUGUUCAGUUUGGCAGCUUGACGUUUGCGUUUCACAACCAACAGAAACUUAACAGAAACCAAUUAGGGAACCAUUGAAUUUCUGGUUUUUAAAAAAGGAAAAGAAUAUAUGAGUGAUUCAUUUUUCAAAGAUAUUCCGGAGUUCCUCGAAACUCGCGUCAAUGAGUCACUAGAUGCUCGCUCCAAGUCUCUUUCACAGUUUAAAGAGUUAGGGCCGCCGGAUCAUGUUCAUACUACGAAAGUAAACACUCGAAACCCUUCAAAAGAGGUUGGUACAUAUCAUUUUGUUUCAGGAAUUGAUGCUUCCUCAUCUGCUUCUUUGGCUGCCUAUCUGAACACGCUCUCGUAUUCCUUAGACAAAAGUCAGCAAUGGUUUUCCAAAUCGCAAUCUUGGUCCAUUAGUCAUAGUGUAUAUUGCUGUUAUAAUGCAUUUUCACGGAUGGAUGUUCGUGUUGAGGCAAAAGUUCCUGGCGGUGUAGAAACGUAUGUAAUUGAUGAAAAUGGUCAAAAACACAAAAUGGAUGCCCGCAUGUGGUUGGAAACAUACAUGUCUUCCGUACUUCGAUCUUUGCUUUAUUCUGAUGAGUUGUAUUCUCGCUUCACUGGCCAUCGCAAAUUCAAUCCAAUACCCAAUCCGGACAUUGAAAUUCGAUUUUUUGAAGCUUUCGAAGAACUUUUCCCCGUUGGGUAUAUAUUAGGUUCCUCGCCUGAGAUUCGCGUACCAACAAACGUCAACAACCAUUUAGUUCGAGGUUUCUUUGCUUAUGUUCGUCAAAACUGUCGUUUCAGUGCUGCUCUAAAUUCAUUGGAGAAAUUACAUAUCAAUUCUCCGGAAGUAUCGGUUCUUUUGGCUGAACUAUACCUUUUAAUGGAUCAUGAAGUUCAUGCUGUUCGUGUGCUUCAUGAAGCAUUGCAAAAGCAAAGAAUGUCUGCCGACUUACUGGUCCUUCAGGCAAAAUACUUGGUUUCCAAAGAGCGUUUUGAUCUUGCUUUAACAAGUGCUAAACGUGCUGUCCAUGCUUCGCCAUCUGAAUUUAUACCUUGGAUUUGUUUGGCAGAAGUGUAUCUUCAUUUGGAAGACUUUGAUUCUGCGUUAUUGGCUUUGAAUUCUUGCCCCAUGUAUACAUAUUAUGAAAGAGAUGUUUACCCCAUUCCUCCUCCUACAAAAGCUCACCUCCCAUUGCCCGUUAACUUUCCUAAAGAAGAACUAGAGGGUGAAAAUGGAGGUGGACGAGCCGGUUCUAUGGAAGCAGUAGAUCCCUACCUUGCCCGUCUCCCUUCACCAAGCCUUCGUGGUACUUUUGCAAAAGUAUACGAACUACUAACUCUCAUAUGCUCAAAAAUUGGUUGGGACGAUCUUUUAAGGGUUCGUUCCUCUGUCUUUGUCAUGGAAGAAGAGUACCGCUCACUGAACGAAAAUGGGAAAGUUGAUCCCGAAACGAGGGAGGAUGAAACCUCAAAUAUUCAGCAAAACGGCAAUGAAUCUACUUUAGAUAAGCCAGAGGCAAUAAUGAGUGGGUCCGCGCAAAACUUGAAUGUUCAUAGUAAGCGCUUAUGUGAACGAUGGUUGGAUAAUCUUUUUAUGGUUCUCUAUGAGGACCUCCGUGUGUUUACUAUCUGGCGUGCUGAGUAUACGCAUUUUAGAUCACAGGGAUUGGUUUACCGUAAGUCUCCAAUGGAAUGGGAAAUUUUGGGUGAAGUUGCUUUCCGUUUGCACCAUCGGGUCGAAGCUGUCGAAGCUUUUUGUGCUUGUCUUGAUAAUAUGUUUUCAUUUAAAGCUUGGAAGACCAUGCUGAUAAUAUGUGCUGAGGACAACAAUAUCGAACUGGUACUGACGGCUAUUGCUAAGUUAACCCUGUCUAAUUAUCGCUGGUAUCAAGAGUACUCUCCAUUUUUGUUAGAGCACAUCAAAAUUAGAAUUAUGCAAGAUGGUGCUUUGAAGAUGAAAAGUAUAUUGGCUUCGACAAGAUUGGAUCCCUAUAUUUUAAAUCUGAUCCAUAAACUUUAUUUUGAAUGGGCAAUUGCUUUUCAAAUUCCUGGACAUGAAUUGUAACUUUCUUUCUGAUGUUUUUCUUACCUUCUUUUCUAUAUCUUGUUUUGCUUGUUUGGACUGCCUUGGCUGUCUUAUUGGGUCCCCAUCGUUCCUUAAUAAUGAAGUUGGUCAAAUACUCUACUGACCUUUACGUUCCUUACUAAAGGUAACAUAUAUAUAUAUGCGAUUAAUAAAUAAAAUUAAAUUUAGUACUAAAGAAGUUCCGCGUACCUAGUGCUGUCACUAGUAAGUCUUGCUAGUACGAUCUGAUGUAAAAGUAAAAUCAUCGAUAUUUUACCAAAAAAAGGUAAUAAAACCCUGGACCUUUUGAUACUACUACUACGUUAAUUCCAGAAUGAACACCCAAUUUAAGUAAUCCUUUACAAGAGAAGAAGGGAGGUAAAAAGACCCAUACGAACGUUUUUGAAUCUCAGCCUUUACAAUGUGAAUAUGUAGCACGAAAGAUAGCAGCUCUUAUAUAAUAGCAAUUUAUUAGCUACCAUGUUAAAACAAGAG